CCGUUCACGCGCUUGCUGGGGGGGCUCCCGCGAGCCCCCCGGGAGCGGGCCACCUCGCCUCGCCGCUCGGCAUCCCGGAGCGGAGGAGAGGCGCUCGGCAUCGCUCCUUGGGGGCGGGCAAAGGCCGGCGCCCGCCGUCUCCCCAGGCCACCGUGGGAAAGCCCUGGGGCUGCCAGGCGAGGAGGAGGAGCUGCGGGAUGAGGAAGGCUGCAUCCUCCGCGUGCGGCCGGGCCGGCGCCCUGCGUGGGGGCCGCUCUGGGCGUGCAGCACCCUCCCUCGCCCCCCUCCAGCGACACGGGCGCCGUCCCCGCGCCCACCGCGCGGCUGAGCUGGAAGCUGCCAGCGCUUCCCCUUCCCACCCAGCGCCGCCGACCACGCUGCCUCCCGUGGGAACGCGCCGCGCACGUGACCAGGCAGCAGCGCGGGGUGCCCGGGGCACGCCGGCACCCCAAUUAGAAGAUCACAUGGGCAAGUGUAUAAAAACGGAUCCUACCUGCCCGGGCCGGUCACCACCUGCAGCAACCGCGGGCGCCCGUCGCCGGAGCCCGGCACGCCGGAGAGCGGCGGGACGGUGCAGCCCGGGGGCCCGGCCGCGAGCCCCCCUCCAGGCCAGAACCAGCCGCGAGAAAGAGAUGGCAACGCACGAGAAAGGUCGCCGCGGCGUGAGGAUGGCAGCGAUGGCGCGCAGCCUGUCCCAAUUAAUGGAUUCUGACAUGGAUUAUGAGAGGCCAAACGUAGAAACUAUCAAGUGCGUCGUGGUCGGGGACAACGCGGUGGGCAAAACCCGGCUCAUCUGUGCCCGUGCCUGCAACGCCACGUUGACCCAGUACCAGCUGCUCGCCACCCACGUGCCCACCGUCUGGGCCAUCGACCAGUACCGCGUUUGCCAGGAGGUGCUGGAGCGCUCCCGGGACGUGGUAGACGAUGUUAGCGUGUCCCUGCGGCUCUGGGACACCUUUGGAGACCACCACAAGGAUAGGCGCUUCGCUUAUGGGAGGUCAGAUGUUGUGGUUUUGUGCUUCUCCAUCGCGAACCCGAACUCCCUGCACCAUGUGAAGACCAUGUGGUACCCAGAGAUCAAACACUUCUGUCCCCGCGCUCCCGUCAUCCUGGUAGGCUGCCAGCUCGACCUGCGCUAUGCCGACCUGGAGGCCGUGAACCGGGCACGGCGGCCCUUGGCCAGGCCUAUCAAACCUAAUGAGAUCCUUCCCCCAGAGAAGGGGAGGGAGGUGGCCAAGGAGCUGGGGAUCCCCUAUUACGAGACGAGUGUGGUGGCCCAGUUUGGCAUCAAGGACGUCUUUGACAAUGCCAUCCGUGCUGCCCUCAUCUCCCGCCGGCACCUGCAGUUCUGGAAGUCCCACCUCCGCAACGUGCAGCGGCCCCUGCUGCAAGCCCCCUUCCUGCCCCCCAAACCUCCUCCACCCAUCAUCAUCGUCCCAGAUCCUCCUUCCAACAAUGAGGAACGUCCGGCCCACCUCCUGGAGGACCCCCUGUGCGCAGACGUCAUCCUGGUGCUGCAAGAGAAGAUCAGAAUCUACGCACACAAGAUCUACCUCUCCACCUCCUCCUCCAAGUUUUGUGAUCUGUUCCUCAUGGACCUGAGCGAGGAGGACCAGCAGAGCGUGGCAGGGCAUGGUUUUGGGGGCGCCAUCACCACGGCUGCUGAGCGGAUGCUGCACCAAGAGGAGAGGCACCACGCGCGGGAUUUCCUCCUCCGAGCUGCUAGUUUUGACAUCUGUGAGAGUGCCGAGGAGGCUGGCUCCGGCCAGCGAAAACCGUGCCUUAGAGCCUCCACCAGUGAUGGGAUCCUGCGGGGCAACAGGUAUGAGAACGGGGAGCGUGGGCUGCGGCGGGGAAGGGAUCUCUCUUCUUGGAGUCGGGCCUUCAUCAGCAUCCAGGAGGAGAUGGCGGAAGACCCCCUGACCUACAAGUCUAAGCUCAUGGUCGUGGUGAAGAUGGAUGCUUCUAUCCAACCGGGUCCUUUCCGGGCCGUGCUGAAGUACCUGUACACAGGGGAGCUGGAUGAAAAUGAGCGGGACCUCAUGCACAUUGCUCACAUUGCUGAGCUGCUGGAGGUGUUUGACCUCAGAAUGAUGGUGGCCAACAUCCUCAACAACGAGGCAUUUAUGAACCAGGAGAUCACCAAAGCCUUCCAUGUCCGGAGGACCAACCGGGUGAAGGAAUGCCUGGCCAAGGGGACUUUCUCUGAUGUCACCUUUGUGCUGGACGACGGUGCUAUCAGUGCCCACAAGCCCCUGCUCAUCUCCAGCUGCGACUGGAUGGCGGCGAUGUUUGGCGGUCCCUUCGUGGAGAGCUCCACCAACGAGGUGGCGCUCCCUCACACCAGCAAGAGCUGCAUGCGGGCCGUGCUGGAGUACCUGUACACGGGGCAGUUCAGCUCCAGCCCGGACCUCGACGACAUGAAGCUCAUCAUCCUGGCGAACCGCCUCUGCCUGCCGCACCUGGUGGCUCUCACCGAGCAGUACACGGUCACGGGGCUGAUGGAGGCGGCGCAGAUGAUGGUGGACAUCGACGGGGACGUGCUGGUGUUCCUGGAGCUGGCUCAGUUCCACUGCGCCUACCAGCUCGCCGACUGGUGCCUCCACCACAUCUGCACCAACUACAACAACGUCUGCCGCAAGUUCCCCCGGGACAUGAAGGCCAUGUCGGGAGAGAACCAGGAGUACUUCGAGAAGCACCGCUGGCCGCCGGUCUGGUACCUGAAGGAGGAGGACCACUACCAGCGGGCGAGGAAGGAGCGGGAGAAGGAAGACUACCUCCACCUGAAGCGGCAGCCCAAGAGGCGGUGGCUCUUCUGGAACGCCUCCUCCUCCCCGUCCGCCACCUCGCCUUCGGCCGCCGCCGCCGCCUCCUCCUCCUCCUCCUCCUCUUCCUCCUCGGCCGUGGUUUGAAGGCCUGGCCUCCUUGCUCCGGCGGGGAGGUGUCGAAGGACCUUCCCAGCGCCUGGCAGAGUGGACACCAGCAGCUCCCCCCUCGAGGAGCCAGAGCAGGGGCCCAGAGGGGCCCGGACCCGCUCCCGGCUGGCGCCGCGCCGGAGGCGGCACGGGGCUGCCGGUCCUCCGGCAGGGACGGAGCGGCAGGAGAAAGUCACGUUUACAGGAGCACGGGGAGGGGGGGUGGUUUGCCCUUUUUUUUUUUUUUUUUUUUUUUUUUUUUUUUUUUUUUAAAAAAAAAAAAGAGCACUGACAGCCUGAGGAAGGAGAAACUCAUUCUGGUGCCACUCUAAGUCCAACCCAGAAGUUGCAGGAUUUGCUCACCGCUUCCCCUCGGACACCGCCGUUCCCGCCUGCGAGCGAGCGGCCGCUUUCCCUCGGCCGUGCCCGGGCUGCCCCCGGCACCGCGCUCCCGGACUGAGGCUGGAUGCCGCUCGCCCGCGCCCGGCAGUCCGGCACCGGAGACGUUUCGCGGCGGGUGCUGCUUCUCCCCGGGCGCCGGUGGGGGUGCGGAGGAGCCGCGGGGCACGGAGCCCGCUGCUCCCCUGCGCCUUCCCGCGCCGCUUCCGCAGCAGCGGGAAUCCCCAAAGGCGACCUCUCUCCAGCAUUUUUAAAAAGAAAAAGCAAAAAAAAAAAAAAAAAAAAAAAGAUGAGACACCCCACACCAGAAACCGAGCCCCAGGGCCCCGGCUUGGGCUUGCAGCCUGGACGGCUCCCUCGUAAUAAACGGUGUUUUAAAAGCC